GACAAAGAACAGCAUGGAGGUGCAUCAUAAAAGGACAAACAAAGACAUUCUUUGCUUUGAUCUAACUGAAUGACCUGUGUGUCAUGUCAGCUACUUGCCCAACUUUCUCUUGACUAGCCCUUUACUUGUUCACUACACAGAAACUCACUCAUUGACAUUCAUGCUUAUAUAUAGCACUUUGAGUGACUCUUGGUAACUGAUUUUUCUCCCCCUCCCCCCUAAAGGAGUCAAAUCAUGAUGAAUGUUAAAGUUCACAGUCCUUCAAGACAUUUAGCCUGCCAACCAGCAAAGCACUGACACCAACACACUACCUCACACUUUGUGACUGACUGGCACGGACGCUCUCGCACUGACUGUGAUUGACACGCCACACUCAUGCACCACAUGACUAUAGUGAUAUUUGAAACACAAUCCAGUGGAGAAAGUACUGUUGAACUAUUCCCUUGCUGUGUAUUGACACAAUGACUCAAAGCAUCAGCGUUACUCUGAUUUUUGUGGCUUUAAAUUAAAACAGACAUGAUAUAUAAAAUUUUAAAAUUGAAAAAAAAAAAAAUAAUAAUAAUUUAAAGAGUGCCUGAAAAUCUGAAAGGGACUUGGGUUUCAUUCAUGGAUUGAUUCACAGUUUUAUUUGCCAUCAAAAUGCUUCAUUCUAGCACUGCCCUGUCACAUUGUUAGCCUUUUUACUGCAAGGAAUUUAAAGAAAAUGGAAAAAAUACUUCAGUAUAUUGCAGCUUAGAAUCUCGAGUGUUUGGGGAGAGAAAAAAACAGUUUUUAACUCUUCUUCCUGCUCUCUCACACACACACACACAUACACACACUUCUGCCACAUACAUCUUGUUUCUGUCAUUUUGUACCUAGUGCUGAUUAAUCCAAAGGAGACCCUGGCCGAGACUUCAUCCACACCUCACAGAGAGGAUUUUACCACCGAAAUAGUUGUAAAUAUUAGGACAAAACAUUUGUCUGGAGCUCCCAUCAGUUGUGAACAUGCCACAGAGUUGACCAAUGAACAAAUAAUAAGUUGUUUAACUUACGUGUCUUGGUUGUAAACAGUAUGACAUUUUGGUUUUUAUACAGUACAUUUGAGUCAACGAUUUCUUUUUAUCUCUGCAGUACACAUGAAUUGUGAAAUCAGUGCUUUUGGAUGGUGUUGGCAUAGCAAGUAGUGACAUCAUGUCAUAUCAGAUGUGCAUAGUCCUUUACAAAAAAAGAAAAAGACAAAAAAAGAGUGGGGGCGGGGGGUGCAUGUGAACCAAUGCAGUAACUGUCUGAUCUGUUUAUGUUUAUAUUCUGGCCUCUGCACUGCAUGAGGCCUCGAAGUAGACCAAAUAACUUAAGAGCGAACAAUACCCAUUUUCACAUUUCUGUCACGGUAUAAGGUGUUUAUAACUAUUCUUCUGUCUCUCUCUUCCCUUAUUUUUCCUUUAUUCAAUGUCCAAGUUGCCUUUCUUUUCUUGCUCUCUCAGCUGUUCCUUUUUUUAUUGAGUACUGGUAUUUCGUGCUGUGCUCUUGCUCUGCUCUGGCGCCUCCUGGUGGAACCCGGAGGAACCAGUGAGUCCCACACCAGGUGGGGAAAGGAAAGAGAUGAAACUGAGCCCCCAGCAGGCACCGCCUCCUCGGGGAGCCGCCCACCAAUGAAGUCGGUCCUGAGGCGGGACGAUGACUAUCCGAUGUGCUGGCAACAGUACAGAGCCGCUGCUGCUGCUGCUGCUGCUGCUGAGAGCACCGACACAGGAGCUGUGGCUGAGGACGGAGGAACAUCUCUGGAUCAUCCGUGCAGGUGCAAUCCCCAAGGGCAACAGACACUGUGGGAGAAAGUUGAAGAUCAGACGGCAGGACGUAAAGGAGGGUGCAGGAACAGGAAUCCAGGAAGUCAGCAUGACCACUCUGUCCACUGACAGGAAGCCUCUUGUGGAUUACGGUGUUCAGAUCCGCUUCAUUAAGGACCUCCAUGACACAGGCGGAGGCUAUCCAGAUAAAUCCAAAGGGAACACCAGUGCAACCCCUCCUUCCAGUAAGUAUGGGGUGGCUGUGCAUGUUCAGGGAAUCUCUGGACAGCCUUAUGUGGUCCUGAAAGAUGGUGAGAAAGGUGACUCUUAUGGAGUUCAGCUGAACACUCCUACCCCCAGCUCGGGGCCACCUUCACCUUGCAACAACCUCCCCAAAACGAACGAAGAACCAGCAGAAUUAACAAACCCAUAUGGCCCUGCUGUAAAUACAGCACGCUCCCCUGUUUCGUCAACAGAGGAUGAGGUUGGGGAGAUUUUUGGGAGCCCUCAUAAAAGACCUCCCGGGGACGGUCAAGCAGGAACACAAGGGGAGGAGGAGGGUGGGGCUGGCAGACAGGGAGAGAGGUCAAAAGCUGUACCCCCAAGAGUCAGCCAAGCAGAGAAAAACAGAGACAGGACUAGUAAUGAGGAGUACAACGAAGCAGGGCUGAAACCUGUCAGAUUAAAUGGCGUGGGACCCAGAGGGGUCAAGCAAACUGGCUCUGGCUACACCGGCUCUUUGGGGAGAUACAGUGUGAAAAAACAGAGCACAGAUUCUCCUUCAGAUUCGUUCCCAAAACCUCCAGCAUCAACUAACCAGGAGCCCAUCCCAGCAAUUGACACCAACUCCCUGGCCCCCAUCAACAAGCUCAUCAAUAAGUUCAACAGUGGGACACCAGGCAGCGCCCCGCAGACGAGAGGCCGCUCUGGAGCGAGGCAGCGGCUCCGGUUUGAUGAGCGCAGGCGGUCGAGAAGUCUCGAUGCUCGAAAGGAUGUCCAGCCCGAGUUUCCCUCUUCCAGCUCUCCAACCAUGAAUCCCUACGCUGUCCCUCUGUCUACCUCCUCGUAUUUGUUUGCAUCAUCUGCCCCAGCGAGCGGCAGCCUGGGAACCAGCCCUGCAUCUGUUUCCAAGGUGACGGCACUCGAGGCCCCCAAGCAGAGCUUUAAAUCACCAGGGAAGUUUGUUGCCACGGACACCCAUCCAGCUGUGGCAAAAAAGCCUGAGAUAACUCCGAGGAGCCUGAGCCUGAGCAAAGACAUCAUCAAUGGGGAGGAAGCUCAAGUCAAGCAAACUAUUUUCAACAUCCUUAAAGAUGGCACCAGUGAAAGCGAGGGGUCCCUUAAAAGGAAGGUCAACCUUGUCUACGAGACAACCAGCAGUUGUAAGAAGGGAGGAUCUGAUGGGAGUUUCAGGAAGGGGAACCUUGAGGAACUUCAGGAGCAACUCAGUCGCUGCAAGAAAGAACUUCAGCAAGUCCAUGAUGAACUGGCCGAGGAGCGUAUGGCCAGAGAGAUGGCUGAGUCUCGUCUGCGCCUACAGGAAGAUCAGCUGGCUGAGCUUCAGGAGGAGCUGAGGAGGGUUUCAGAAAACUCACCUCACUCAGACUCACUGCAGAUGGAUGUGAUGACUCUGCAGGCCGACCUGGCCGAGGCCGCCAUGUUACGUCAGCGCCAGGAGGAGAUUCUACGGCAGCGCGAGCGGGAGCUGACGGCCUUAAAGGGGGCGCUGAAGGAGGAGGUGGAGUGCCAUGACAGAGAGAUGGAGACUCUGAGGGAGCAAUACAGCCAGGACAUGGACAACCUGAGGACAACCAUGGAACAGGUCACACAGUCCCAGGAGCAGAUAGAAGAGGAGAGGGAGAGGGUGAACGCCUCCAUGUUGACGCUGGAGGAAGAACUGGAGAGCUACAGAGAUCAGGGAGAGAAGUGGAAGACGCAGCUGGACGCCACCACGAAGGAGCUGCACAACACCAAAGAGGAGAGUGGGAGGCACGUCAACAGUCGAAUGCUGCUGAAAUCCCGUGUGGAGCGGGAUGAACUUGAGUGUGAGCUGAAAGAUCUUCAGGAUUCACAGCUUGCCACGAAGAAACAAAACCUCACGUCUGAGGAUAACCAUUCUCUAGCAGAGGAGCUUCGGCGUUGCCAUGAUGAUCUGAAGCAGGCUCGCACCGAUCUGGACAAACAAAAGGGCGAGCUAGAUGAGAAGAGAGAGGCACUUAAAGCCCUGAAGAGAACGAGUGGAGAGAAAGAGGCCGAGCUUCUGUCUGAGAUCAGCAGGCUGAAGGAGCAGGCGCAGAAAGACAAGGCCGAGCUGGAAAAGGCGUCCAUGAAGGCAAAGGAGUCAUCAGUUGGGUCUUCAGGAAAGACUGUGGUGGACCACAGCACCAACCUGGAGCUCCAGGAAGCAAACACUCGCCUCAGAGAGAGGCUGGCCCGCAUGACGAGACUUCACUCCAGCGCUCGAAGCCCGGAGGCUGAGGAGGCGGUGGAAGCUCUGGAGGAUGAGAACCGCUCCCUGAAGACUCAGCUGGAGGAGGCCAAGAGAGGAGCCACCCGCCUGAGCAAGGAGAGGGAUGAGCUGACCCGGCAGCUGGAGGAGAAAGACCUGGAGAGAGAGGCGCUGAGGAGGGGCAAGAGCGACCUGGAGGAUCAGAAGAGGCUGUUGGACCGAGCCCUGGAGAAGAUUAACAAAGAGAUGGAGAUAAUGAUGGGAGAUUCCCGUCAGUCGGUUUCCACCCUGCAAUCACAACUUGACGACUACAGGGAGCGCUCGAGGAAGGACCUGCUGGAAGCCCAGCGCAACAGCAAGGACAGGCUGGCUGAGCUGCAGAGGGCUCAGAGCAACCUCAAGGUCCAGCAGGAUGAGGUUUCCCGUCUGAAGAAGGAGCUGCUGGGGUGCAGCGAGGAGAGAGACAGCGCCCAGUUGGACAGAGACCUCCUCAGCAACCGUCUCAAACACUUGGAGAGCGAGCUAGAAUCAGAGAAGAGCAGCCACACUGACCGCACCAGGGAGAUCAGGGGCCUGGAGGAUAAGAUUAAGACGAUGGAGAUCGAGCUGGAUGAGGAAAGGAGCAGCGUGGAGCUUCUGAACGACCGCAUCACUCGUAGCAGAGAUCAGGUGGACCAGCUUCGCUCAGAGCUGAUGCAGGAGCGUUCAGCGAGACACGACCUGGAAAUGGACAAGAGCGCUCUUGAGAGACAGUUGAAAGAGUUGAAGUCUCGUGUGGCGGACAUGGAGGGACAGAAUCGGCCCUCACCUGGACUCAGCCUGCUGGAAAAAAAAAUUCAAGAGUUGGAGGAGAGACUGCGCAGUGAGGAAAGAGAGAAGGCCAGCAUCCAGGCCUCUCAGCGACGGAUGGAGAGAAAGCUGAAGGAGCUAAACGUCACUUUAGACCAGGAGAGAACCCAGCAUGUCGAGCAGAGAGAUCAGCUGUCUCUGCGCGUGAAGGCCUUGAAGCGGCAGGUGGACGAGAGCGAGGGGGAGGUGGAGCGCUUGGAGGGAGUCCGCCGGAAGGUUCUCAGGGACCUGGAGGAGCAGCAGGAGCUCCAAGAAGCACUGCGGGCCAAAGUCACAGCCCUGGAGACUGAACUAAAGCGGAAGUCACAGCACUCACAUCGUUCAGCUCUGGGCUCCUCCACUUUAAGCUCUGAGGAUGAGGACGGUUUCUAUGACACCAACAUCACCUCCAUCCUCAACGAGAGCCACCUACAGACCACCAACUGCUAGAGGAAGAUGAAUUUUUUUUUUUUUUUUUUUUUUUUAAAAAAAAGGACCCUUCCUCCAGUGCAGACACUUGUAUCAGAGAGAGGUACUCAGGGCAUCAAGGACUGGCUCGUGCGUUGCCAUGCACUACAAACUUGCCUUGCAGUUCUUCGGUUUUAUUUUUAGCACAGCAGUCCAACAGAGACAGGUUGUCAGGAUAAUUAGAUUGCAUUUUUUUUGAGCCUUCAGCUGUGAUUAUGAUUGCUUCACUGCUGCCAUGUUUUAUCUGUCUUGAGAUCCUCAGUGUCUGUUUCUCUGUUAUUUUAAAGAGAAGAAUUACAGUUACACUUAGAAAUACAAGUUUCAAUACGUUGUACUUCAACGUGAAUCUAAGAAAGGCUCUUUGUUGUGUGCAUUGACUAUAUUUACUAUAUACUACUGUGGCAUGCGUUAUGUUCAGAGGUCAUACUCGCAAAAUUCAAACUACUUUUAAACCAAAAAAUAACUUUAUAAGACUCUUUUUUUCAUAUUGUUCCCAUCUUGUGUUUGCUUGCACACGAUAAGUUACAUCUGUCAGUGUUGGUAGCAGUGUUUCUUUGUGUAUUAAAAGUGAUGUUUUGUUUUUUACCUUUGAACGUGACACUGACGGGCCAUUUAAACUGAGCCUAUAUUUUUACACUGUAUUAGCUGUGCAUACCUGUUACUCAAGACAAUCAAAUAUACGUACAGUAGCACUGUGUAUCCUCAGAGAUUAAUCCUCUCCCUAUAAACUUUUCUACUGUAACCACCAUAUUUCUGAUGUGGUUUAAUGUGUCCUUGAGCUUGAUUUGUGUGCAUGUUCUCACUCUAAUGCCUUAAAAAGUAGCUUCAUAUCUUUGUUUUACCUCAUGUUGUGUCUGCAUGUGUUCUGUUUAUAUGCUGCUGUAAUGGUUUAAAUAGUAUUUUAUAUGCUUGCCUGUGCGUGCAUCUCCUGUUCAUUCCUACUGAGAGAAUCAUUAGUAGAGAUUUGGAAGCAUUUUUCUUUGUUUCACCUGGCCGUUAUUAAUGUUGAUUGUAACCUCCAUAUGACACUUUGAUUAUUGUUUAACCACGUCACUUUUAAGAUUUGUAUUGGGGAAAUUACAAGUAAGGAGGCUGUUAAAUGUAGAAUAUGUUUAUUAAGCUGCUGGUAACAUUUUUCACAGAUAUUUUAAGUACAUUUUGGACUGUGUGUACAAUAAAAAGAUGUGUAUCAGAUUUUUCUCCUCAUUUUCUUAUUUCUAUGACAUCUAUAUAUUUAUCAUCAUGAAACAAUGGUGUUGCAAUACACUGGUACUACUAAUAACUAUGAUAUUCAAAACUGAAAUAUCUAUAUCACGUUAACAACACACAUAUGAUAAUAUUGUGUCAAUGAUCCAACGCCUCUUAAAUCUUUUCCAUUUCUUACUUUUCUCACUUUGUCUCCCUCUCCCAGUACUAUGUGGUUGUUUUAUUCAUCAAGUGUUUUUGCUCCUUUUGUACACUUAUGUUAGUUAAUGUUACAGACUCUCUCCGCCUCCAGACAUUCAGAUUUUGAGUGUAAUUCAUUUGCCAAAAAUAGUCAAAAUGCACAAUAAACAAGUUAAAGAUGAA